UUCUUUCUCCCUUUCUCCCUCCCUUUCUUUCUUUCAGUCAGAGAAAUCACCCAAACCCAACCACAAAACCCUAGCACUGUAAGCCUACACCACCGCCACAAGGAGUGGCAUACUGCCGCCGUCCGUCGCACUCAAAGUUCGCCAUCCGUCAUCUAGCUUCCAUCGUGCUCCAAAUCUUCAACCCCUGUUCGCUGUCACCGAUCGCGCUUGCUUCCUCGAGCUCGGCGUCCGUCGUCUUUGUCUGCUCAGCCGCGCUUCCGUCGCCGUUUGUUUGCCGUUCACGUUCGCGUCUUCGUUCGCGUUCUUCGCCAUUCGCGUUCGCUCGGCGUUCACCGUUCGCGUUCACUCGCUGUUCACCGUUCGAGUUCGCGUUCGUCUGGAAGCCACGUUGCUCUGCUUCAAACUCUGCCACCAACCCGCGCGCUCCACUCAGCCGUCGAACUGCUCUCUUUUGUCCCCGCUUUUUCAGAACCUUGGAAAAAAUUUAGAAGGAAGAAGAGAAGACCCAAGCACCCCCUUUCUUUUACUCUCUGAAAUGGUGAAACCUAACCCUAAGCCCAGCUAGCCACCAUCACCAUCCCUCAUCGCCGAACUCUUCUCCUCUUGUAGAGGGCGCUGUCGCCGCCGGCGGGGACAAAACGUGAGUGCCGUCACACUCUUCUCAUCACAUCGCCGAACUCUUCUCAGUUCUCAUCGCUCAUCUACUCGUCACCAUCACACGAAGGAUGCGUUGACCCGGUGGCGUCGCCGUUGCGAAGGUUGCUGGGUCGGUCGUCGUCUCUUCGAGCUCUGUGUGUGUCCGAGGCCAACAUCCCUCUUCGUUGUUCAUUGUUGUUAACAGGGCUGGAUUGUUGUUAUUUUGUUUUGACUUUUAGGUUAAUUAUGGUUGAUUAUUGAAUUUUCUGAAAUGUUGCUGAUUAUGAGAAAUGAAUGAUGAUGUUGCUAAUUUUCUGAUGGUCUUGUUUAAUUCUGAGUUGCUGAGUUAGGUUUAAUUGUGAGUUGCUGGAUUUAAAUUUGAGUUGUUGAGUUAAUAAUAAUGAUUUUGUUAAUGUUUGCUUAGUGAGUUGCUGAUUUUCUGAAAUGAUGAUGCUGAUUAUGGGAAAUGAAUGAUGUUGUUGCUGAUUUUCUGAUGGUCUUGUUUAAUUCUAAGUUGCUGAGUUAGGUUUAAGUUUGAGUUGCUAAGUUAAUAAUAAUGAUUUUGUUAAUGUUUGUUUAUUUUGAGUUGCUGAUUUUCUGAAAUGAUGUUGCUGAUUAUGGGAAAUGAAUGAUGUUGUUGCUGAUUUUUUGAUGGUCUUGUUUAAUUCUGAGUUACUGAGUUAGGUUUAAUUAUGAGUUGCAGGGUUUAAGUUUGAGUUGCUGAGUUAAUAAUAAUGAUUUUAUUAAUGUCUGCUUUUUUCUGAGUUGCUGAUUUUUUGAAAUGUUGCUGAUUAUGGGAAAUGAAUGAUGUUGUUGCUGAUUUUCUUAUGGUUAAAUUUUUUUUGGCUGCUGAUUUUCUGAUGGUUAAAUUUUUUUGGCUGUAUGUUGAACAUUAUGUUUGUCAUUUAUUGUGCGAUUUGAUUUACUUUAAUUAUAAACUUUGAUGUUUGAUGUUGUUUAUGAACUUUUAUUGAUAAAUUAUUGAUAAUUUAUUAGGUGAAAUUGUGAAAUUUUAAAUUUUAUUAGGUUAAAAAUUAUUAAAUUUAAAUAUUUGGACUUAUAUGUUGAAUUUUUAAUAAUUUUAUUUAAUAUUUAAUUAAAUCGGUUGAACUUCGGUUGAAUUCCGGUUGAGCCAUUAAACCAAUGAACCAAUCACUUUACCGGUUCAUUGACCGGUUCGGUUCUCGCAACCUAAGUGACAAGAGGCAUUUUGGAUAUCAUUGAGAACUUGCAACUGAUUUGUGUAGCAUACACACUUCACAUGAGGAAUAAAAUUAGUACCUAUAUAAACUUGAAGUCUUGAUGGUGGCUACUUAUAUGAUUAAGGAUUAUAGGAACAAAGUUGAAUCUGAGUUGACUGAUAUCUGCACUGAUAUCAUGGUUCUUAUUGAUGAACACCUUGUUCCAUCUUGUUCUGGUGGUGUACCUAGUGUCUUCUUUUAUAAGUUGAAGGGGAACUAUUAUGGCCGAAAUCAAGUAUGGUGAUAAGAGAAAAGAGGCUGCUGAUCAGUCCUUGAAAGCAUCUCAGUAAUUCAUUCAUUAAACCAGAGAGGUAGCAUAUUUCACUUCAAAGUUUCUCCAAGACGGAAGCCUCUGCUCAGAUGGGUAUACUGAAGUGUCUGGGACUGCCCAGGCAUCAGGUUUUCACGGCCAAAAAGUAUCUUAAUGUAUCGAGCUUCUCCUGUCUUCACACAGAACAAAAUUCCUCAGUGGAAGCUCUCUCACAAGAUGAGGAUGUGGUGAUUGCUUUGGGAAGUAAUGUAGGUAAUAGGGUUCAUAACUUCAAGGAAGCCUUGAAAAUGAUGAAGAAGUCAGGCAUACAGGUCACAAGGCAUGCUUGUUUGUAUGAGACAGCACCAGCAUACAUUACUGAUCAACCUUGCUUUAUCAACUCUGCAGUUAGAGCUGUUACUAAACUAGGUCCACAUGAAUUAUUGGCUGCGCUCAAAAGAAUUGAGAAGAACCUCGGGCGAACCGAUGGAAUAAGGUAUGGUCCAAGGCCAAUCGACUUAGACAUUUUAUUCUACGGUAAAUAUAAAGUCAGGUCUGAUAUUCUCAAUAUACCUCAUGAAAGAAUUUGGGAGCGGCCUUUUGUUAUCGCCCCUUUGGUGGAUUUACUGGGAUCAGCUAUUGACAAUGAUACAGUUGCUAGUUGGCAUUCAUUUUCGAGCCAUUCUGGUGGACUAUAUGAAUUAUGGGAAAAAUUAGGCGGGGAAUCGCUUAUUGGACAGGAUGGUAUAUGUAGGGUAAUGCCUGUUGCAAAUGGCUUACUUGAUUGGUCCUUGAGAACUUCCGUUAUGGGCAUCCUUAAUUUGACCCCAGAUAGUUUUAGUGAUGGGGGGAAUUUCCAGUCUGUGGAAUCUGCUGUAUCGCAAGUUCGAUUAAUGAUUUCAGAGGGAGCAGAUAUAAUUGAUAUUGGUGCUCAGUCUACGCGACCAAAGGCAUCUAGGAUCUCUGUUGAAGAAGAAUUAAGUAGAUUAAUCCCUGUCCUAGAAGCUGUAAAGUCAAUGCCCGAGUUAGAGGGAAAGCUCAUAUCUGUUGAUACUUUCUACUCAGAUGUUGCUUCAGAAGCAGUUAGUAGAGGGGCUCAUCUUAUAAAUGAUGUAUCUGCAGGGCAGUUAGAUCCUAAUAUGUUCAAGGUCAUUGCAGAUCUAGAUGUUCCUUAUGUUGCGAUGCAUAUGAGGGGGGACCCAUGCACUAUGCAGAGCAGUGAAAACCUGAAAUAUGAUGAUGUUUGCAAGGAGGUGUCCUCCGAGUUAUAUUCAAGGGUUAGGCAGGCAGAACUGUCAGGAAUCCCAGCAUGGAGGAUCAUUAUUGACCCUGGUAUCGGAUUCUCAAAAAAAACUGAAGACAAUUUGGAUAUCCUCACAGGACUUCCUGCUAUCCGAGCUAAGAUUGCCAAGAGUAGCUUUGCCAUCUCUCGUGCUCCUAUACUUAUUGGACCCUCAAGAAAGAGAUUUCUAGGUGACAUUUGUUCCAGACCUUCUGCUGUUGAGAGGGAUCCUGCUACCAUUGCUUCUAUAACAGCGGGUGUUCUGGCUGGAGCUAACAUUGUUAGGGUGCAUAAUGUCAAAGAUAAUUGUGAUGCUGUGAAGCUUUGCGAUGCAAUUCUAAAACAUAAACGUUCUGCCAUGGAAUCUAGACAAUGAAUUUGUCACCAACUCUGAUGCUGAAUUCUUCUAUACAUUGACUUGGCUUUAUGCAACAAAGCCAUUGCUGAUUUUGUUUGCCAUGUCACUCGCAUCUAAAGGUCAUGUAAAACACUGACAUGUUGCCAGUGCUGACUGGAGCAGAGAAGCAUGGAGUACAAUUAAUGAAAGUGUAUGUCAAAUGGGAAUAAUGCUUACACACCCAAAAUAAUCAGCAUGUCCUUACCAGUGUUGAAUAAACUUUGAGUAUUGCGUUUUUUCUUUUUCAGAACAGAAAAAGUCCACCAAUAAAAAUUUAUUAUGUGCAUUAUCUUCACUCUUGACCCAAUUCUAUUCAACUAAGAAAUUCCCACAAACCUUGGUC